AGGGGUUAACAGCACUCCUUUCCGGUGUAGAGGCCCAGUUGAAGAGGCAGCGAGAAAACGAGGAGUCAUUUGUGAGGAUGACGCGGCAUGGCAAGAACUGCACAGCAGGGGCUGUCUACACCUACCACGAGAAGAAGAAGGACACAGCGGCCUCCGGCUAUGGAACCCAGAACAUCCGACUGAGUCGGGACGCUGUGAAGGACUUCGACUGCUGCUGCCUCUCUCUGCAGCCCUGCCAUGACCCUGUCGUCACCCCAGAUGGUUACCUGUAUGAACGGGAGGCAAUCCUGGAGUACAUUCUGCACCAGAAGAAGGAAAUCGCCCGGCAGAUGAAGGCCUACGAGAAGCAGCGUGGUGCGCGGCGGGAGGAGCAAAAAAAGCUGCAGCGCGCCUCGGCGCAGGACCAGGUGCGGGGCUUCCUGGAGAAGGAGGCGGCCAUCGUGAGCCGGCCGCUCAACCCGUUCACGUCCAAGAUGCCCUUGGGGCCCGGCCCAGAUGGUGUCCAGCCUGGACCCAGCGCAGGGCCCCUAAGCAAGGACAAAGACAAGGACAAGGACAAAGCGCUGCCCAGCUUCUGGAUCCCAUCGCUGACUCCCGAGGCCAAGGCCACCAAGCUGGAGAAGCCGUCGCGCACGGUCACCUGCCCCAUGUCGGGGAAGCCGCUGCGCAUGUCCGACCUGACGCCCGUGCGCUUCACGCCGCUCGACGACUCGGUGGACCGCGUGGGGCUCAUCACGCGCAGCGAGCGCUACGUGUGCGCCGUGACCCGCGACAGCCUGAGCAACGCCACGCCCUGCGCCGUGCUGCGGCCCUCCGGGGCCGUGGUCACCCUCGAGUGCGUGGAGAAGCUGAUUCGGAAGGACAUGGUGGACCCGGUGAACGGAGACAAGCUCACAGAGCGCGACAUCAUCGUGCUGCAGCGGGGUGGCACCGGCUUCGCGGGCUCCGGGGUGAAGCUGCAGGCCGAGAUGUCGCGCCCAGUGAUGCAGGCCUGAGCUCCUGCGGGGACCCAAUAAACCGCCUGGGUG